AUGGGAACACCUUCUUAUUGUGCAGCCUAAUUACUUCAAAAUGUCAAAAGAGCUACACUAUGAUCUCACGGACCUAUAAAACCCUUUGAAAUCGUGUUAAGGGGGGAUUAAUUCACGUUCUGAAGACUUUAGUCUUAAGUCUGUCCGGCUUUGUGUAGCCGUCAACAAAUGAUUUAUGGAGCCUAACUCUACGUAACUUUGCUUGUAUGUAUCUGUACAAUACUGUGAAAGCGAGAGCAAUGUAGAAUUCAUGGACAAAUACUUAACUGGUGAUUGAAUUAUUGAACAAGAAUCUCGCGGAUGUUUACUCAAAGACUAAGUUUGGUCAUACAUUUGGACUAUACUCCUGUGAUAUCUACUGUGUAAAUACUAUUCUCUGUGACUGAAAAUGAAUUCAAAUCCAGUUUUUGCAUUCUCUGCCUUGAAGUUGCUGUGUUACCUCUUGGUACUAUCAAGUCUAGUAGACGUCGUCCAGCCAGCUGGCAUCAAAGAGAAAUGCUCUACCGACGCCGACUGCAAAGUGUUGAGAUCUUCCUGUCGCCCUGACGGCUGUCAAGGCUACCAGUGUUUUUGUAACAAAGGCUACAUUUACGACAGAAACAAGGUCACCUGUGAGAAAGCUGCCAACGUCAGGGAGUCUUGCACCGGAGGGGAGAAGUGUCUCUCCAUCAUGGCCGUCUGCCAGAAUGGUAUCUGUCAGUGCAGCAAGUACUUUGACUACGUUGAGUCUCUUCAGAAGUGUUCUUUCCCAAAAGGCAACAUCAUCGGUGAGCCUUGUGACACAAAGGAUAACUGUACAGAACCAACCGGAAGCUGUGUAAAUGGUUAUUGCGCAUGCGGGGAUGGUUAUAGGAUGAAAACGGAAGAGGAAUUCUGGGUCGAUCCACAAAAUACAAAUGAGUGCGUCAUUUCCUCUUUUUCACUGUAUUACUGCAAUGGAGUCUACGUGACACCCACCCCGCCUAACGUGACCAUCAACGCUGGAGAGCCGUGUACGGGACCCAAGCAGUGUGUGGUGAACGCCCGUUGUACUGCCAAUGUCAGUGGCAUAUGUCUGUGUGACAGCGAUUACUAUAACGAUGGCGGAACUUGCUAUCCAAGACGAAAGGCAGGUGACCCUUGCUUUGGUACCGGGCAGUGUGUCUACAACUCGGAGUGCUCUUCGACAAUGGGUGGCACCUGUGACUGUCGAUCUGGCUACUACGGGAGCGGAGGAAUCUGUGUGGAAGCAAUAUGGCCGCUUCACAAAUGUGAGAGUUAUGGUCAGUGCGUGGACUUUGCAGAGUGUGGGGUCGGCACUUCCGGUGUCUGUGAAUGCAAUACCGGAUACUAUCCCAACAUCAGCGUGUGCUCUGAAGUCAUUAAUGCCGGCAAGCCUUGCAGUGACAUUGGUCAGUGUGUCAGCAACGCCGAGUGCGUGGACGACGUCUGUACGUGUAACAAAGGGUAUUUCAACUUCAACGGUUUUUGUCGAAUAGCUGCAAAAGUGGGUCAAUUGUGUAACCCUUCCAAUUGUGUCCAAAAUGCCAAGUGUAUCAAGAGCCCAACUCUGAAGUGUGUCUGCGACACAAACUAUUACAACUUGAACGGUUUCUGCGAGAAAAAGAUACCCCCAGAGUUAAAAUGCCCAUUCAAGAACUCAUGCGUUCAAAACGCAGAAUGCAACGCUGUAAAAGAUGGAAUCUGCAAGUGUAAUGAGAACUAUUACCCAGUUGGAGAAGACUGCAAGACUCAAGUACCAGCGUCCUACCCUUGCCCUAAACUCGGCAUCUGUGUCGAGUUCGCUGAAUGUACCUCGGCCACUGGGGGCGGCGUCUGCAACUGUACGGAGGGAUACUUUAACUCGAACGGGGCCUGUCUUCCGGUCAUCCUUGCGGGCAAGUCGUGUACUGGCCUGGGCCAGUGUGUGCCCAACGCUGAAUGUUCCACGCCCGCUGGAGGGUUCUGCCAAUGCAACGAUGGCUAUAUCGAACUGGACAUCAAAAGAGGCUACUGCUCCGCUUACAAGCUGCCCGGCCAAGACUGCACGAACACCGAUAGGUGUGUGAAUAACGCCGUCUGCAGUGACGCCGUCCAGGGAGUAUGUGAGUGCGGGCCAGCUUACUACCCAACGAAGACAAACUGUCAGGCGAGAAUCAAGCCAAACAAAACAUGCCCCGCUAUUGAUACGUGCAUCAAAUUCGCAGAGUGUGUGGACGGAGUGUGCCAAUGUAAUGAUGACUAUGUCGCCUGGGAAGAGAAGUGUGUUUUGAGAAUCUCGGUUCAAAAAGCUUGUACCAUUUCGGAACUGUGCACGCAGAACGCUGAAUGUACGGGUGGAAAAUGCGAAUGUAUUACAGCAUUUUACGCAUCGGGAGGAAAAUGUAAGCCCCUUGUUAAAUCUGAAGAUGUUUGUCCCGAUGGCCAAGGAACAUGUAUAAGUAACGCUGAGUGUGUACGAGGAAUAUGUUCUUGUAAUGCUGGGUUCUACGCCAAAAACGGAAGCUGUUUUCCUUUGAUUAAAUCGACUCAGCCAUGCGACGGGAAGGGACAGUGCGUGACCAAUGCUGAAUGCGUCAAUGGAGUUUGCCAGUGCGACCUCGGCCACUUCGCCAAGAACGGGUCCUGCCCCGCAAACGUUCCAGCCACGGACCGGUGCGACGCGUCGGAUGUGUGCGUCAACAACUCCGAUUGCGUGAACGGGACUUGCGUCUGCGGCAGCGGGUACUUCCCGAAGAACGGGGUGUGCAACCUUCUCUUGCAGCCUAACAAAGCCUGCGACGGCGCUGGGCAGUGCAUACUGAACGCUGAGUGCAUAGGCACGGUGUGCACCUGCGAAGCCGACUUCUUCGCCAAGAAUGAGAUCUGCGAGGUAAAGAAAACCCCGACCACGCCCUGCCAGAACUUCCCAGGUGAGUGUGUGGCCAACGCAAGCUGUGUGACCAAUGCCUGUAAAUGUGAUGCCAACUUCUAUGCCAAGGAUGGACGGUGUUUGCUGGUCAACAAUGCAAACCAGUCGUGCGAAGGCGGGAUCCAAGGAGAGUGUACCGAGAACUCCGCCUGCCUCGCAGGAUCUUGUCUCUGCGUCCCUGGCUUCUACAACCGGCUGGGGAAGUGCCAGCCACUCAUCCAGGUCAAAAGCAAGUGCGAGGACAUAGCUGGCGAGUGUGUAUCGAACGCUGCAUGUCUGGGCGGACAGUGUCAGUGUUUGGCAGGUUACUACCCUAAGAACGGCAAGUGUGAGCCUUUGAUCAACUCUACACAACCCUGUGACAACACGCCAGGAGAGUGCAUUCAGAACGCCUCUUGUAUCUCCGGGGCAUGUACCUGUAACAAAGGUUUUUACGCAAAGCUUGGCGGAUGCAACACACUGGUCCCGGCCACGGAAGCAUGUGACGGCACCCCAGGAGAGUGCGUCAACAACUCACAGUGCACAGGAGCGGUGUGCAACUGCAACGAUGGAUUCUACGCCAAGCUCGGCAAGUGUGACGUCAUACGGAAAGUGACGGAAACCUGCGAGAGUCUUCCCGGAGAGUGCGUUCCAUCAGCCGAGUGCGUGUCCGGAAAAUGUGAGUGUCUCAAGGGCUACUACGCCAAAGACGGAUCUUGCUUCUUAAAGAAAAUAGCUACAGACACCUGCCAGAAUCUACCAGGGGAGUGUGUGGACUUUGCCACUUGUAAAGCAAGCGUCUGCACCUGCAACAGCGCCUACUACGACAAGAAAGGUCAGUGCGUGGACAAGAUCAACGCCACCUUACUUUGCGACAACGUGCCAGACGAGUGCACCGACAACGCCACCUGCUCCAAUGGAAGGUGCCGCUGCGAUGAAGGCUUCUACGCUAAGCUGGGCAGGUGCCACGUUCUUAUACCCAGCAAGGGCGCUUGUGAAGGAGUACCAGGGGAAUGUACUCAAAAUGCCGUCUGCGAAGCUGGAAUUUGCUCAUGCCUACAAGGUUAUUACGCUAAAUCUGGAAAGUGCGAGCCUAAACUCAAGGCCAAAACUGCGUGUGAAAACAUUGCUGAGGAGUGUGUGACCAACGCCCAGUGCGUCUCAGGAGUGUGUGAGUGCGUCACUGGCUACUUCCCUAAAGAUGGCUACUGCAGCGGGAGGAUCAAUGCCACGAAUCCAUGUGAGGAGCUGGUGGGGGGCUGCGUGGCCAACGCCAAUUGCAUCAAGUCUGUGUGCACCUGUAUAGACGACUACUAUGCCAAGCUUGGCCAAUGCUUACCUGUUAUCCCCGCUAUGAAAGCCUGUGAAGGUCUAGCGGGUGAAUGCACAGACUUUGCGAACUGUACUGAUGGAUCUUGUCAGUGCUUGACGGGCUACUACGCCAAAGACACCGUGUGCGUCGAAAACAUAAAAGCGCUGAGUCCCUGCGAAGGACUCAGCGGUGAGUGUGUGGACCACGCUUCCUGCAUCUCAGCAGCGUGCACGUGUGACCAAGGAUUUUACCCCAAAAACGGUCAGUGCACUUUAAAGAACAACGCGACUUCGCAGUGCGAAGGCAUUGCUGAUGAGUGCGUGGACAACGCAGUUUGCGACCUGGUCACGUCUAAGACUUGCACCUGUGUGGACGACUACUACGCCAAGAGUGGCAGCUGUCUGAAGACGAUCAACGCCAGUCAGCCUUGCGAAGGGGUAUCCGGAGAAUGUGUCAAGAAUGCCCAGUGUCAGAACGGGAGCUGCCAGUGCGAUGGAAGCUACUACAACCGCUUUGGCUUGUGCAAACCUCUGAUCAACGCUACAGCUCCCUGUGAGGGAAUUUCCGGCGAGUGCGUCAGCUUCUCUUCCUGCCUCAAUAAAGUCUGUCAAUGCGAGGACAAUUUCUACGCCAAGCAGGGUGCGUGUAACGUCAAGAAAAAUGCCAGCCAAUCUUGCGAAGGUCUCUCUAACGAGUGCACUGAAAACGCAGGCUGCGUGAACGGAGCGUGCACUUGCGGCGAUGGGUUCUACAAUAGAAUGGGACUUUGCCAGAGGCUGAAAAACGUCACACAAGGGUGCGAAGGCAUUGCUGGCGAGUGCACAACGCACGCAUCCUGCGUGAACACCUCUUGUGUAUGUGAUCCAGGCUUUUAUAACAAGUUUGGUUUGUGCCACGUCAUACAGAAGGCCGAAGAAACGUGCGAUGGAGUAGUUGCUGGAGAGUGUACACAAAAUUCAACCUGCUUUGACGGGUUGUGCUUAUGUGAAAAAGGAUUCUACGCCAAAUCAGGAAACUGCCUUGUCAUUAUCGAGGCUCAGAAACAGUGCGAGGGUGUGCCCAAUGAGUGCACUAGCGACUCGUCAUGCACAAUGGGGGUGUGCACGUGCAACGAUUGGUACUAUGCCAAGCAGGGGCGCUGCAACCCCCUUAUAAACGUCACCAAAAACUGCGACAACACCGCCGGGGAGUGCGUGAACAACGCCACCUGCGUGAACAACAAGUGCGCCUGCGACUCAGGGUUUUACGGCAAGGACGGGCUCUGCCACAAGCUGAUCGCUGCGCUGGAGCCGUGCGACUAUACUCCCAACGAAUGCGUGGCCAACGCCCAGUGCGACCUGCUCACCGCGACGUGCCAGUGCGACGAAGACUUUUACGACGACGCCGGGAUCUGCCUCCCCCUCAAGAACGUGACAGCCAAGUGUGACGAGUCGCGGCAGUGCGUCGACAACGCCAUCUGCAGCCUCGCGGGCGCCUGCGAGUGUGACGAAGGGUUUUACGAGAUGGACCUCCAGUGUUACCCGCUGGUUAAUGUGACCCAGCCCUGCGCCCUGGACAAGCAGUGUGUGAACAACAGCAACUGUGUUUCUGGAGUGUGUCAGUGUGACCCUGGCUACUUUUCAAAAGAGGGCAAAUGUCAUGUCCUUAUAGAGGCUCUUAAGCUCUGUGACGCCAAGGGACAAUGUGUCAGCAAUGCUGAGUGUCAAGAAGUCAACGGAGCUCAGCCGAUGUGUGUUUGCAAGAAAGGCUACUUCGCUCUGAAAGGCCAGUGUCCCCCUCUGGUCAAUGCUACUGCCACCUGUCAAGAGUUUGACCAGUGUGUGGACAACGCUGUUUGUAACUGGAACACCACAGGACUCUGCGAAUGUAAAAAAGGUUUCUUUGUGGACGGUAAUUCCCUGUGCCAGACUUUGAUUUUACCAAAGGAAAAAUGUACAGGUAUUGGUCAGUGUGUUGACAAUGCUGAGUGCUCGUCCCCAGUUCCUACUGGACUUUGUCUAUGUAACAAAGGAUAUUUUGCCAAAAACUCCCAAUGCAAUCCAGUGAUCAAUGCUACCCGGCCCUGCGGUGGUCCUGGGGAGUGUGUAGACAAUGCAAUGUGCAACAACGCCACGGCCAUAUGCGAAUGUCUCCGAGGAUAUUACACUGAGACGGGUCUGUGUUACGUCCUCAAGAAGGUGGACGAGCCGUGUCAGAGAAGCGAGCAGUGCGUAAAGAACUCAGAGUGUACACCCCUUCCCGCAGGCGUCUGCAGCUGCGUAGACGGGUACUACGAUGAGGCGGGAAACUGUUUCAAGUGGAAAGUUCCAGGUCAAGGUUGUCUAGCAUACCAUCAGUGCGUACCAAACGCCAACUGCAGCGCCAACGUGGGAGGCUUGUGCACGUGCGACAAAGGUUACUUCCCAUUCAACGACACCUGUGAAAAACUGAGGAAAGAAGGACAGAUGUGCUCAGGGACAGAACAGUGUAUUGACAACGCCGCUUGUGAUAAGGGCAAGUGCACCUGUAAAGAGGAAUAUUUUGCUCUAAACGGUGACUGCCUUAUCCGGAAGAAGGCAGGAGAGGUCUGCAACGCCACUGGUCAGUGUGUGACCAACGCAGAAUGCAACAUCGGCAAUGGAGGGAUCUGUAAGUGUGAUGCUGGCUACUUUACGGACACGGACUCAAGAUGCGCAGGAAUCAUUCAGCCCAAUCAACAAUGUACAGGCAAGGGCCAGUGUGUGGCCAACGCUGAGUGCUCUUCCGACGUCAACGGCAACUGCAUCUGUGACGGCAAGUACUACGCGGACAACACGAAGUGCUCACUGAAGAAACCUCCCGCCGAGAAGUGCGCAGCGAAUGAUGAAUGUGUUUGGAAUGCUACUUGCAAUGCUGGACAAUGCACCUGCGAUCCUGGUUAUUUUCCCACCGACAAGGACUGCCAACCAUUGCUUGACGUGGGCACGCCGUGCACCGCUGCAGGACAGUGUAAAAACCUGUCUGAGUGUUCCACCAAGACAGGAGGGACCUGCGUCUGCGUUGACGGCUACUACAAGGACCAGCUGGAGUGUCUGCCCAAGCUGAAAGUGGACAUGUCUUGUUACGAGACCGAGCAGUGUGUGGACUUCUCUGUGUGCCUCCCAGACAUGGACAACCCUGCAGGGGACUUCAAGUGCACCUGCGUGGAGGGCUACUACCCUUCCAAUGGCCACUGCUUCGUUCGCAUAGACGCGGGUCUCCCUUGUGAGAAGAGCAUACAGUGCACAGUCAACGCUAAUUGUAUGAUACAAGGCAAUCUACAAGUCUGCACAUGUGACUUCGACUUCUAUCAAUCCAACGGCAAAUGCAAGCAUCUGGUUGCAGCAGACCUGCCCUGCAAGCCAACGCCCAGUAUGUGCACCCACAACGCUACAUGCACGCCUGACAUACCAGAGAGCUUAUGCAGGUGUAACCCAACUUUCUACAAGGAGCUUGGAUUGUGUCGUCCAGAGAUCCCAGCAAGCCAGGAGUGCAAGAGAACAGAGCAGUGCACACGUUUCUCAGAAUGCCUGCUGAAUGUUACUUCAGGAUUGAAAGAGUGUACCUGCAAGUUACCUUAUUACAACGAGAACGGCAAAUGUCUAGAGGACAUACGCGCUGGGGAUGACUGUGAUGCUGACUACAAGUGCACCAGCGAUGCUACCUGUUCUUACAACGGCUUCAAGCUGACAUGUACCUGCGGCGCGGACUUCUACGAGAGGGGCGGGCUGUGUGACAGAAAAAAGAACGUCACGGUGCCCUGCAGUGCACCCGGGCAGUGCAUCGUGGGGGCAGAGUGCAAGCUCGUUGGGCUCAGGGCCGAAUGCCAAUGUAUCCCAGAAUAUUACAAGGAGAACCUGGCCUGCAUUAAAAGAAUCCCUCCAACACAGGAGUGCACGGCCAUUGGUCAGUGUGUCGUUAACUCAGAGUGUCAGACAUCCCUAAACGGCACUGGCCAGGUAUGUGCGUGCAAUUCAGGCUUCUACCAAGUUGGAGACACUUGUAUGAAACUCAUAGACGCGGGUGGAACAUGCCAGGUUGACGGUUCCUGCGUACCAAACGCCAAAUGUAUGCCCGUCUCGGGAGGCAAAGAAUGUCAUUGUGAUGCUGACUAUUACAAGGAUGGCACUAAAUGUAUGCCUCGGAUAAAGGCCACUCUGCCUUGCAUCUACAUAGAUCAGUGCAUCGUCAAUGCCGACUGCGUUCGAGAUUACAAGCGGCAGCAGGCUCCGUUUGUCUGCUCCUGCAAAGAAGGCUUCUACACGUCUGAGAACAACAGCUGCGACCCUUUGAUCCCAGCAACGUCACCAUGUACGGCGAGAGGACAGUGCAUCGUAGGUGCCGAGUGCACGGGCGACAACCCUGGCAAUCUGACUUGCGUUUGUACGGAAAAGUUUUACCAUGAAGACUUCGCCUGCCAUCCUCUGAAAAAUGCAAGCCAAAGCUGCUCUAGCGCGAAUCAGUGUAUUCAGGAGGCAGAGUGUGACGGGUUUUCCUCAACAGUCAAUGGCUCCUGCGUCUGCAAGCAAGGCUUUUAUCAAGAAGGAUUGAGCUGCCUAAAGCUCAUUAACUCAAGCAAGCCCUGCAUCGAUACAUACCAGUGCGUUGAAGGUGCGCAGUGCGUGGUGCGGAAUAGGCGCCGGGUGUGCAUUUGCGACCCAGAAUACUUUGAAGACCAGAAUAUUUGCAGGCCCCUGAUCAAUGCUAGCAGCCCGUGUUCAGGAGAAGGGCAGUGCAUACCGGGAGCUCAAUGCCAACAAAAUGUUAACGACUCUGCCUCUAUGUCUUGCCAGUGUAAGGAAGGCUAUUAUGAGAACAAAGGAAACAUUUGUCAUGUCCUGGUCAAUGCAGGCAAGCCUUGCGAAGAGAGCUAUCAGUGCAUCCAAGGCGCCAACUGUACGGAAAUCGCCAGCGGGGUGAAAAACUGCCUCUGCCUAGAAAAUGUUUACUACGAAGACAGCUCAUCCAAGUGCCAGCUGCUUAUCAACGCCAGCAAGCCGUGCACGGCUGUAGGACAAUGCAUACUCGGCGCCGAAUGCAUAAAAAACCAGACCACGGCGAAAUUAAACUGUGCCUGCCAGAACGGUUUUUAUGAAGAUCCGAGAGACAAUCUGUGCAAAACGCUGAAGAAUGCUUCUACCCCGUGCGAAUGGGAUAAGCAAUGUGUUUCAGGAUCUCAGUGUACGAACACCAGUGGUUUCCCCUUGUGCAAGUGCAUCGAUACUCUUUACUUUGAAGAAAACAACGUUUGCAACGUAAGAAAGAAGGUUGACGCACCUUGCGGGAAUACUGACCAGUGCGUGAAAGGAGCUGAAUGCACCGACAGAGGUGUAUUCACGAAUGGAUCUAGCUUAAGCUGUCAGUGCUCCAAAGGAUACUUCCCCGAAAACUCCUUAUGCUUUCCGUUGAAGAACGCCAGCGCUCCGUGCAGUGCGAAAGGACAGUGUAUAAACGGAGCUGAGUGCUCUGGAUCUAAUGGCAAGACCAUCUGCGUCUGCUUGGAGGAUUUCUACAAAAGUGGAACACAAUGCGAGCCUUUGAAGAAUGCCACUAUGACUUGCGAAGACACUCGAGAGUGUAUUAAAGAAGCAGAAUGCAAGCAAGAAACAUUUUCCAUGAGGUCUAUAUGCCAAUGCAGGAAAGGUUUCUACCUUGAGGACGUCCUUUGCAAAGAGGUCAUCAACGCCACCUUGCCCUGUACCGGCCCAGGCCAGUGUAUAGAUGGAGCUGAAUGCAACGGUAAAUCUAGCUCAGGUGUCCAGACCUGCGAAUGUCUCAAAACGCAUUACCGAGAAGACUUGAAUUGCCUACCUUUGAAAAAUGUGUCCGUCCCUUGCAGUGCGGAUGAACAGUGCGUGAACGGCGCACAGUGCAUAGGAGGGAACAGUUCGUCUGGGAAUUCUCUUCUUGUAUGCGAUUGCAAAGAUGGUUUUUAUCAAAAAGGUGAUCUGUGCUACCCACAUCUUGCUGUGAACAACACCUGUGAGCACGAUGACGUUUGCGUGCCAGGCGCGACGUGCGGCCUCAACUCGACCCAGACCGUGUCUCCGGGGCAGACAGGCAAAUGUAUUUGCAACCGUCAGUUUUACAGUGACGGUAAAGUUUGUAUCCCCUUGAAAAAUGCUACAGUGGAUUGCCAGGCGGACUAUCAGUGCAUCGAAGGCGCCAAAUGCCUGCGACCUUUUGAAGAGCAGACGUGCAUGUGUGUCGGAGCAUACUUCCAGUACGAUAACGUCUGCAAAAAAUACGUUAAUGUCACGGACACUUGUGAUGCCAAAGAUAAAUGUGUUAAGAACGCCUACUGCUCUCCCCUGCCGUCAGGAGAAUCAGCCUGUGAAUGCUUACCUGAUUAUUAUGAAGAAAAUGAGCUUUGUUUAAAGAGGAUAGACAUUGGCCUUGCCUGUGACAGGAACGGCACAUGCGCAGUGGGUGGUGAGUGUUUCGGUGACUUUAAAUGCGCAUGCACUGAAGAGUUUUACCGCGUGGGACCCAGCUGCGUUCCACUGAUCAACGCCACACUUCCCUGCGAUGUGACGGCCCACUGCGUGGCUAACGCUGAGUGCAAAGGGGUGCCUCUGACAUGCCAAUGUAAGAAAGAGUUCUUUGAGACCAACGGCAAGUGCAAACAGAGCAUCGACGCCGGAGACACAUGCUCGAGGGUAGGAACGUGCACGUCCAACGCCGAGUGCAACGUGACCGGAAGCGGCGUCUGCGAGUGCCUUCGAGGUUUCUACGAGGAUUCGGGAGAUUGCAAAGACCUGAUCAAGACAGAUGGGAUCUGCACAGGACCGGACCAGUGCGUGGACAACGCCUCAUGCGACAAAGUCAACAUGACGUGUCAAUGCGACCACGGCUUUUACUCCCAGUAUGGCGUAUGUCACGUGUUGAGAAACGUCAAAGAAAAUUGUACUCUAAGUAAACAGUGCACUAGCAAUGCGGCAUGCACAAAUAAAACCUGUCUUUGUUUGCCAGAUUUUUACCAGUCUGGUCUUCACUGCCAAAAAAGAAUAAACACUUCCCAACCUUGCAACUCAUCUGACCAGUGCGUUAAAAAUGCUUCAUGUUCAGGCACAAAUAAUGCAGCAGUGUGCAAGUGUGACUCUGGAUUUUACGAAAAACAAGGACAGUGUUUCCACCUUAUUAAACCGGAUCAGCCCUGCGAGCAGGGUAUAGCUGGUCAGUGCGUAGAGCACGCUCAGUGCGACGCUUCCCACGGAAUAUGCAAAUGCGACCAAGCCUUUUACAACGAGACCGACGAGUGCCUCAAGCUGAAGACGCCAGGAGAAAGAUGUGAGCAGACGAGACAGUGCGUUUCGAAUGCAACAUGUGGUCUAGGAACUCAGCAGUGCACGUGCAACCUUGGGUUUUAUUCCGCUCAAGACGGCACGUGCAAGAAGCUUAUAACUGUGGGCGUGGCUUGUAACGAGACUAGCCAGUGUGUUUUCAACUCAAGUUGCUCCCCUUUGACUGGGCUAUGCGACUGUGAACAUGGUUUCUACGAACACCAGGGCCACUGUAAAGUGCUUAUUGACGCUGGGCAAACAUGUACCGACACCAGACAGUGUACUUUCAACGCUAGCUGUUCAGCCGUGUCUAAAACAUGCGAAUGUGGGAAAGAUUUCUACCCAGAAAAAGGGAGAUGUUAUGAUCUUAUCCGGGCCAAAAACGAUUGCAAUAGCACUAGGCAAUGUACCCAUAACUCCGAGUGCUCUGACCAAACAAAACAAUGCGAAUGUCGGACAGGAUAUUACGACAAUAAACUCGGGCUCUGCGAUACGUUGCUCAAGUCUGGCGCCAAGUGCGAGGAGUCGAGUCAGUGCACCUUCAACGCCAACUGCUCUUCUAAUUCUUCAUCCUGCGAGUGCAAUCGAGGUUUCUACGAGAAUGCGAAAUUUGAGUGCGAGGCGCUAAAGAAAGCUGGUGAUUGGUGCGACAUUACGCCGCAAUGCACAUUCAACGCUCUUUGCCUGACCAACAAAUAUGGACAGAAAGUGUGUGAAUGUGACAAAGACUAUUAUGUUUCCGUCGGAAAGUGUCUACCUUUGAUUCCUGCGUCCAACUCUUGUAACCACACCUACCAGUGCACUCAUAACUCUUCGUGUGAUCCAGGUAUAAAACAAUGCAAAUGCGCUGACGCCUUUUUCGAGGAUAUCCACGGGAAAUGCGUGGACUUGAUCCACGUCAAUCAUCCAUGUAACGGCAGCAGCCAAUGCGUUCAGUUUUCCAAGUGCGACGGCCAGCCAGCGACGUGCCAGUGCAUGGAAGGCUACUUCGGUUUAGCGGGCCGCUGUACCAACCUCCGCCAAGUGGACGAAACGUGCAACAGCUCCAAGGAAUGCGUGGACAAUGCAGCCUGCGCUCUGAAUACCGUCACGGGGAAGUGGUCUUGUCAGUGUUUUGGCGACUACUACGCCAGCAUGGGCGUGUGUGUAAAAAAGACCGACGCAGGGAUGAGCUGCUCUGAUACCAAGCACUGCACUAAUCAUUCCCAGUGCUCGCCGUCCACUCUCCUCUGUGAAUGCCUCCAUGACUACUUCAGUGAGACAGGCUUGUGUUUCAAGCGCCUGCCAACAAAUGAGAGCUGCCGAGACAGCUACCAGUGCACUCACUAUGCCAACUGCAGCAGCGACGGGAGGUGCCAGUGCUUGCCUACCCACUACAGCGCUAGCGGUGUGUGCAAGGAGCGAGUCGGUGCGGAAAAGACGAAGUGUGAGUCGAGUGAAAUGUGUAUCCAGAACUCGUUUUGUGACGUCAAUACUGGUGUCUGCAAGUGCUCGCCAGAUUUUUACGAGAACGCUAGCAAAUGUACGCCCCGUUCAGUUGUGGACGAACCCUGCAGUCAUUCAAAGCAAUGCACACUCAACGCGACGUGCAGCGCACAAGGAGUUUGCCAGUGCGGCACAAACUUUUACAACGAUACAGGCAAGUGCAAAGAGCGGGUCAAAACGGAUGUUUCAUGCGCAUCUACACACCAAUGCACACAACUUAGCGUGUGCGAUGGCACCCAAAUGGUGUGCAAAUGUCUCCCAAACUACUUCAACGCGUCAGGUCAGUGCGUCAAGAGAGUUUCAGCAGACGGCAAGUGUGAAACCAGCCACGAGUGCACCCACAAUGCCUCUUGCGAGUCCCCAGGGUUAUGCAAAUGUUUAUCGGAAUACUACACGAGCAACGGUCAGUGCCUGCCGCGAGUUCUCGUGCACGAGGCCUGCAACUCCACGCUUCAGUGCACUCAUUUCUCAAACUGCUCAGCGACAGGAAAAUGCGAAUGCCUGCCUGACUAUUACAAUGCCUCAAACGUCUGCAAUAAGCGAGUACCGGCAGAAGAGGCCUGUAAAACCACGCACCAGUGCACACAAAACUCAACUUGCGAUACAGACAAAUGUACAUGUUUACCGGCCUUCUUCAACGAAAAAGGCUCAUGCUUGCCGAGACACGAAGCGGAAAAAACAUGCAAAUCGACAUACGAGUGUACUCACAACUCUACCUGCUCGAACGGAAUCUGUAAAUGCACCGGCCAAUUUUACAACAGUUCAGGCGCAUGCUCUGUGCGGGUUGAGGCUGAAGGAAAGUGCAACUCAACUCAUCAGUGUACGCACCAUGCUGACUGUGACGCAACUGUUAAGGUGUGCAAAUGUCAGUACAACUAUUACAACGAGAGCGGCGAGUGCAAGAUCAGGAUACCUGUAGACAAACCUUGCAAAGAAAGCCACGAGUGCACGCACCACGCCAACUGCUCUCAACCCACGAGCCUGUGUUCGUGUUUAGGUGAUUACUAUAACCAAUCAGGGCAGUGCCUGGAAAGGGUUGAUGUGAAAGGCACGUGUUUCUUAACUCAUCAAUGCACGGCCAACGCAUAUUGCGACAAAUACACCGACACUUGUCUCUGCUACCCAGACUUUUACGAUGACUCCGGCCGAUGUAUCAAGCGAAAACGAACAGGCGUCACGUGCGCGUCGACACACGAGUGCGCGAUAAACUCCGUCUGCGACUUGAGCAACAAAACCUGCGAGUGCCUUCCCGAGUUUUACAAUUCCUCUGGUCUAUGCGUUAUGCGUAUCGCUGCAGGAGAAAAAUGUAAGGAGAGCCACCAAUGUACGCAUAACUCAGACUGCGGCGAGCUUUCAAACACUUGCGAAUGCCAGCCGGAUUACUUUAACGAAAAGGGCACUUGCCUGAAGAGAGUUCUUGCAGAAAAAGACUGCACCGGUACAUAUCAAUGCACCCACAACGCCACCUGCUCCAAACUGGACGACGUCUGCAAGUGCCUCAAAGACUUUUUCAACAUAGACGGGCGCUGCCUAAAGAGGAUCGACGCUGGGAAGAGCUGCAACCAUACGGAGCAGUGCACUUCCAACGCGGUGUGCAGCUCGGAGACGAAGGUCUGCACCUGCUUCCACGAGUACUUCAAUGAGUCGGGGGAGUGCAAACCUCGCCGCAAUGCCCAGGUAGCCUGCCAGGAAACGUAUCAGUGCACACACAACGCUCUGUGCGACCCUGCGAAAAAAACCUGCCAGUGUCUGGAUGCUUACUACAAUGAGACCGCGGGGAACUGCCUCCCGAGAAUUCGGACUGACGCCAAGUGUCAGUACACUCACCAAUGCGUCCACAACGCCCUGUGUGACCUUUUUACCACGACCUGCCUGUGCCUUGAUAACUACUACGACACGCCUGAAGGAUUCUGCGUGGGAAGAUUCAAAAUAGGCAGCGACUGCAACUUCACAGAGCAGUGUACGCCAAACGCCGUUUGCGAUGAUACGUCACACAGCUGUAUUUGUAAAGAAACCCAUUAUAAUGAAUCGGGCGUCUGCCAUCUGAGAAUUCCAGUCACCGACAUGAAUGCUAUCGGAAACAACUGCCAGCAGUCUCACCAGUGCACGCACAACGCCAUCUGCACUCCUCUGGUCAACAAGUGCGCAUGCCUGCCCCAUUUCUAUAACGAGAGCGGCGCGUGCAAGCCCAGAAUUCCUUCCGGUCAAUUCUGCAAAGAGGAUUACCAGUGCACGCUCAAUUCAACCUGCAAUCUGAUAGCCAGACAGUGUCAGUGUCUGCGAGGCUACUACGAUGACAAAGACGGCCUCUGCCAGGUCCGCAUCGUCGCAGAGUCGUCCUGCAAUGAAACCCACCAAUGCACGUACGACGCCGAAUGCCUCCCGCCAAAAAUGAGGCCUCGGCCGAUUUUUAACUCCACGAGCGGUAUGCUGGUGAAUGCAGGGGAAGACUUGACCUGCCAGUGUAAAGAUUUAUUCUUCAGAAACGGAACUAAAUGUGACCCUUCCAAAGGUCCAGGGAAGCCAUGCACAGGUCUGGGUCAGUGUGUACACAAUGCCGAAUGUCAAACGCCGUUCGGGGGUGUCUGCCUGUGCUCUAACACACAUUACCCGGAGGGAAACGAGUGCCCGCAGAAGAAGCCGCCCCUGAUGCCUUGCACCCACGACUCCCAGUGUGUUUUCAACUCAACGUGCAAUAAAAUAGAAGACAUCUGUCGUUGCAAGAAAGGCUUCUAUGAGACAAGCACGGAGUGUGUCACCAGCAUACCCGCUGGAAAGUCGUGCACAGCUCCGGGUCAGUGUGUUGACUUGGCCGAAUGCGACUUGACCAAUAUGACCUGUGUCUGCCUUGCGGGGCACUUCGACGCCGGGGGCUCGUGCUACAAGAAGAUCAACGCGGGUGGCUCCUGCACCCAGAAUGGACAGUGCGCAAACCACUCCGUUUGCAACACGACCACCUCGCAAUGCGAGUGCGUGCCGGACUACUUUAAUGAUUACGGCGUCUGCAAGGUGAGGGUCAAGGUCGGGAAGUACUGCGACAAUUUCGGCCAGUGCAUCCACAACGCGGAGUGCAACAUCCAGACGAAUCUCUGUGUUUGUAACAAGGAUUACUACAGACAGGGAGACGGGUGUGUCCCUAGGAUAGAUGCUGGGAAAAACUGCAGCAGCAUCGGUCAGUGUGUCCACCAAGCCGAGUGCGACAUGUCCAAGCUGGAAUGCAAGUGUCAACCGGACUACUACAAUAACGCCGGGAAGUGCGACCUUCGUCUCAAAGCUGACCAGAAAUGUCUCGCCCUUGACCAGUGUAUAAAGAACUCUGAAUGCAAUUUGACAACGGGGGUCUGCGAGUGCAACUUAGGGUACUUCUCGAAAAAUGGAGAGUGCGUCACCCUUUUGGACCAUGGCUCCAUAUGUGACAACGAAAACCAGUGCACCUUUAAUUCAUCUUGCGAGUUUGUGACAAAGUAUGUCAAAAAAUGUGUCUGCCUGCAAGACUUUUACAUUGAGAAUGGGAAAUGUAAAGAAAGGCUAGGCGCCAAAGAGCCUUGCUCCGGGUUUGGGAAAUGUGUGGCCGAUGCAGAGUGCUCUCCUUCUUCUAGCCUCUGCGAGUGCAAAACUGGGUAUUUCGUAAGGUUGGACAAUGCAAGCAAAAACACUUGCUACCAAGUGAUUGAGGCAGGGGCGCCGUGUGAGACGAACGGUACCUGUGUUCAGAAUGCCUUCUGCUCUCCCAACAAGACUUGCCUUUGCGAGCUGAAUUACUUUCACUACCACGGCACAUGCAAGCUGCUCACGCCCGCUAUGACAACUUGUGAUCCAAACUCUGACAGGUGCGUAGAGAACGCAAAAUGCACAACAAACUCUGGGGGUGUCAGCCCGACAGUGGACCAGUCCAUGGUCUUCUACCCACAGCUUAACUCCCCUUCCCUCUCUUACUGCAAAUGCAAUGAUGGUUAUUUCCCUUUUACCAACGCUUGUAUCCCUUUGAAAAAGGUAGAAGAGAGAUGCUGGGGGGUCGGCAUGUGCGUCGCAGGGUCAUACUGCUCGCCCACCGAUGGCUGGAAAUGCAAGUGCGAGCAGAUAUACUUCAGGAAUGAGAGCGACCUGUGUGCGCCAAGAAUCUUCGCCGGCAGAACCUGCUCAGCGCCGGGACAGUGCAUCGCCAAUGCAGAGUGUAACGUUAAUGCCUCCUCGUGUGUGUGCGAUAAAGACUAUUACCAAGACAAGCUGGACCUCUGCGUGCCAAGAAUCAAGGCCGAGCUCCCAUGCGGCAACAUAGGCCAGUGCAUCCACAACGCGGAGUGUGACGUCAAAACGAUGCAGUGCCUGUGCGAUGCGGAGUUUUACAACGAGGCUGGAAACUGCACAGAGAGGAAGAAGGCCGGGCGAGAAUGCACCCGCCCUGGCCAGUGCGUGGCUAACGCAGAAUGCAACCUGUCUACGAGUUUCUGCGAAUGCAACAGCGGAUACUUCAAUGAGGGAGGCGCGUGUAAGACGCUGAAGCCGCCUGGAGAGAACUGUAGGGUCUCCACGCAAUGCACUUUCAACGCCGACUGUGUCAACCUUGUACUGAACAACAGCACAGUGUGCAAAUGUAAACCCGAAUACUUCCCGGAAAUGGGCAAGUGCCACCUGAAGAUCGGACCGGCCAAGAUGUGCAGGAAUCUUGGUCAGUGUGUGGUCAACGCCGAGUGUGAUCCAAUCAAAUCCAUUUGUGAGUGUGACAAAGGCUACUAUGCAGGUUUUCUGCCUGAUGACCCUCGUGGAACCUGUCUUCCUUUGAUCAAGGCCAAUGGUGUGUGCGAAUCAAAUGGGACUUGCGUGACAAACUCACUUUGUUAUGAUGGUAUCUGUACCUGUGUGGACAACUUUUAUGCUAGAGAUGGUGUGUGCAGAGACUUGCUGAAACCAGGUGCCACUUGUGAUGAUUUGGACAAAUGUGUUGAACUCAGCAGUUGUGAGAAAAUAUCCAAUGUAUCUGGUGCUGCUGAAUGCAAGUGUAAUCCUGGAUACUAUGCUGAGAAAGAGGUGUGUAGAGAUGUACACAAGGCUGGUCAGCCGUGUUCUGGCCGUGGCCAAUGUGUCAGUGGGGCAGAGUGUAGCACUGAGCUAGGUUGGGUGUGUACAUGUGGAGCGCAGUAUUACCAAGAUGACUAUGGAGUUUGCUACUUAUACAAACUUGAUGGUACACCCUGUAACUCUACAAAAGAGUGCACAAAAAAUGCAGACUGUAAAGAUGAUGCAAACAACGUUGAAGACAAACCUAACAAGAAUGAGAUUCUAUGUCGGUGUCAUACAAAGUUUGUCAGCUCAGAUGGAUAUUGUGUCCUUGAUCCUGACCUCAUAGAGGAUUCAUCAGUGCCGACAGUGGUUUUAAUUUCAGCUAUAAUAGCAGCCCUGCUCUUCCUUCUUUGUUAUUUUGCUUUAUUCCUGAUCUUGUUCAGGAGAAGGAAGCAGAAGCGAAAGGCAGCAGAAGAAUCCCUGAGCACAAUCUCUGACAGCGGAAGCAUGACUAGCUCUUUGAAGCCUCCGAGGCCAUACCUAGGUUAUGCUGUCCCAUUCUACAUGCCUCCACCACCAUCCAUCAACAGUGGGGGCAAUGGGAAGUCCCCCGUGUCAGACCUGACCAUGGAGUUUUACAAAACCAAGAAAGGGGCAGCUGGUGGCAAAAGCCAGGAUGUUAUAAGUGCGUCUAUGAAUUUGGAUGAGGAAGAUUUAUAGGAACUUUGUUGUAAGGGUUGAUUGUAUCCUAUUUAUAUUUUACACUUUUUGACACCCAUAAGCUAUGGCGUGCAAAUUUAAUUUGCUGUAUUUACUGGAGCCGAGACAGUGAGUGGACAAGUACUUUGGCUUCCAAAUCAAAGGAUCUCAAGUUCAAAUGUUGAUGAAUGUUGGAGAUAAAAUUCUGGGUUUUAAAGAGCCAUUGAGCCCUCUCAGCUGUCAUGAAAAUGUCAAAUUUUUUGUGGGGGGAAAAUAAAAUCAAUUGAUCAUUCGUUAUGAUAGACACAUGAAACUCAUUAAUUGUUUUAGAAACCUCUCUUUACUUCAUGUACUGACACUGACUGAUGGAUCUGAAAUGAAAAAUUUAGUUAAAACAAAAAAACAUGUUUUUCAUCUUGUAUUAUAUAACUACAUCGUUUCAAGAUAUUAACAAAAUGUAUGUAUAUAUACUAAUUUGUAAACAUAUUCUUUAUAUAUAUUUUUAUACAUACAAUAUAUUUUAGUCUAAAUGUGAAUGAUGUGUUAAACUGUUCAAUACUUUUGUUACAAAUUAAAAUGACUGUGUGUUUAUAUUAUUGGUGAACAUAAAUUACUCAUUUAUUUAUUAAUUUCUUUUUUUUAUAUGAAAGACACUUUGCAAUAAAAUAAAUGCUUUGUUUUGAUGUACUAAUAUUCAUUAUUACGAAUUGAUCAAUAUGAAAUGGUCAUGUACAGUUUUCACAUUUAAUUCUUAUUUUUGUUUUUAUUAAAUCAGUUUUUUCAUUUAUCAUUUUUUAAGACUGAAAAGCAUAAUAUAUGUUAACUAAUCUGUUCCAAAUGUAAAAUUAUUAUUAUUGUACUUGAGAUAAAUCUUCAUUUCUGUACAUGUUAAUUCUCAUUUCUGUACAUGUUAAUUCUUAUGAUGACCACUAUAAACUUGUGCCUGUGUACAGGUAAACCUGAGUUUCACCUUGCAUCAUAGCCAGAACUUACAGGCUUCGUACUACCUCUUUGUAAGUUAGUCACACUCUAAAGAAAAGUAUGGACAAGAAACACAUAAGAAGUGUGAAGUGAAUGUUUGAAAUAUGUUACAAUUCAUAAAUGGAGUUCAUCUUGAAAUAGUUCUUGGACAGAAUGCUCAAUAAAAUGUCUUCAAUUUGUCUUUGGAGUUUGUAUUUCAUUCGAUACUAGUUAAAUUCUGGAAACAUUUGACAAAAGUCAAAUCCUUUAAAUCUUUUUGUUGAAAUGUUUGAAAUUUUGGAGUUUCAACUUUUGUGAAUGCUUGUUGCAAAGAGUCUCUAACAUAUCAACACUUUAAGCCAAGCUGUGCAAGAAGCCAGACGUGGAUUGGCUAGAAAAGUUACUACUUUAGUAAUACGGUUGCUACGGUUUGCAACUGAUUAGAUAAAUGUAAAAAAAAAAAAUCCUAUAUGCUUUAUACUGAAAGAAAGGAACAAAAAAUUGUAUGUGCUUCUUUUAAAGGUACCGGCGGUAUGAAACUUUUUUUUUUUUACAAAGCUUUUAUCAACUCACUUUGCAUGGGAGGAUACUUCUACAACUUUUUUUCUCCCAUUCUCUGAUCAAGUUGAAAUUUUGCACAAUUUUUAUUGUCGAAGAUAACACAUGAAUCAAUAAAAAAAAUUAACCAAUUAAAUAAUCAAUUAUUGACAAUUAAUUUAUUAUGAUUUAUAUAGAAAAGGGGGAGAUAAACUUUCAAUAUUGAGAGAUAAAGCAGCAGUUAUUGGAGGGUCCUCUCCCUUUAAUCAAUACAAGCAUUGUUUUUAUAAAAGUUUUUUUUUUUAAUUUAUAUUCUUAAAAUAACAUGCCAUUGGUAAUGGCUAAGACUGUAGAUAGCUGAUAAAUGUAGAUGUUGGCGUGAGUUUGUAAAUACAACCAACAACAGAACAGUUAGUAGAUAAACUUAAUAACUCCUGCUGGUAAC